AUGAAUUCAAUAAAAAAACAUUCUAUUCAACAGAAUCCUGAAGAUGAUUUACAAUCUGAAUCAACUAUUCAAAUUGAAUUUAGUGAAUCUAUUGUAGAAAGAUUUUCGACAACAAAUGAUAAUAAGAAAAAUUCUUCUUCAUCAUUUCAACGAUAUUUAUCCAGAAAAAGAUGUUCAUCUAGAGAAAGUCAACGAACAAUAAAUGAAGAAGACAAUAUGAAUAAGAAACAACGAAAUCAUACUGAUCAUUUAGCUUUUUCUGAAAAUGCUCGAAAAGAACAAAUUAUUUCGUUAUCGGAAUCAAAUGAAUCGCAAUGUGCUCGAACUAAUUUAUAUUCCAAAAAUGGUAAGAUCAUAUUUCAACGAACAAAAAAACAAUCAUUUGAUUCAUCAUUGUCUUGUAAUAUAAUAUCAGGUCCCUAG